AUGAAAAAUAGAUUUAAAGUGAGAUAUCGUACGGAAGUAGUGGACGAAGUUGAUAGUUUCAAGUACUUAGGAUCCGUUUUACAAAAGAAUGAUGGUUUUUACGAAGAUAUUAUGCAUAGGAUUAAGUGUGGAUGUAUGAAGUGGAGAGAAGCAUCAGAUAUUUUAUGCGAUAGAAGAAUCCAAAUCAGGUUAAAAGAUAAAACAAUGGAGCAGAAAAUGAGUGUUAUUGCGGUGAUGAGAAUGUUAAGGUGGAUGAGUGAAGUGAAGAGAGAGGGUAGAAUAAGAAAUGAGUAUAUAAGAGGUAGGAUAGGAGUAGCUCCAAUAGUUGACAAAUUGCGUGAGAGUAGGUUGAGAUGGCUAGGACAUAUUUUAAGAAGAGAAAAAACUGAGGCAGUUUCAGUGACAAAGAACAUGAGUGUGGAUGGAAAAUGA